AUGACGCUCACCGAAGAUCUUGUUUUGACGCAAGCUAUUCUUACUCGUUAUAUCUUAGCAAUAUGUAUGGUAUUGGGUAUUAUUGGUUCUUUAUUUGAUCUAAUUGUUUUUUGUCAAAAGAAAUUUCGUUCAAAUUCAUGUUCAGUUUAUUUUAUAGCAACAUCUAUUUUUAAUUUAUUAGUUAUUCUAUGUGGUAUUAUUCCAGCACUUCUAGCUUCUUAUCAAAACUAUGAUAUAGCUUUAUAUUCAUCAACAUUUUGUAAAGCUAGAGGAUAUAUAAUUCAUGUUCUUUUAAUGAUGUCUCGUUCAAGUGUUGCACUAGCUUGUAUUGAUCGAUUUGCUCUAUGUUCACGUAAUGCUCAUAUUCGUCGUCUAAAUCAAUACAAUAUAGCUAUUUUAUUGGUGAUUAUUAUAUGUAUUCUAUGGUUAAUUUUACCCAUUCAUGUUCUCAUUUAUAUUGAUAUUCAAAUGCCUGGACGACGAUGUGGUGGUUCAGGUACAUAUUUAAUUGUCUAUAGUAUUUAUGCAGCAAUUGUCACAUCGAUUCCACUUUUUAUAAUGAUUAUAUUUUCAUUUUUGGCUAUUCAAAAUCUUCGACUAUCUUAUAUUCGAAUUCAUCCGAAUAUAGUAUAUACUAAUGAAAAUAUAAAUAGGCCAAUAAGAAUGCAAAAACGAGAUAUUCAAUUGAUGACUAUUGUAAUAAGUGAAGUAGUUAUCUAUUUUAUAUCAACAGUAUGGUUUCCAAUAUAUACAAUUUAUUUGACUAUUACAUCAAAUAUUUCAAAAACAACAAAUCGUUUAGCUAUUGAAGGUUUUAUUCGUUAUUUGGCACUUCAAUUCUUAAUAUUUAUUAAUUCAUGUUCAAUAUUUUAUAUUCAUCUUUUAGCUUCAAAGCCAUUUCGUCAAGAAUGUGUUAAUUCACAAUAUGAUAUUUAUAAAAAACCAAAAACUCUAUCUGAAAUGUCAUCGAGAGAAAAACAAAACAAACCAUCAGAUUCAUCGCAACAACAAGACAAUAGGUUUUUUUCUUUCCUUGUCCUACUUUCCAGACUUAAUAUUUUCAAUAUCCUUCGAUCUUUUUUCACACCUAUUGUACGUUAUAUAUUCUCUGGCUUAUCUUUUCUAUCGUUUAAUAGACAAGAUAGUCAAAAACCAGCUAUUAGUCAACAAGAUCGUUCAUCAGAAGAAAAUUUCGACAUUAUAAAAUAUUUACAUAACAAUCGAGAUGAAUUAAUGGAAAGGUAUGGUUAUGGAAAAAGUUCAAAACGUCGAUAUCCUCGUUACUAUUUUAUCAAUAAAAAAAAAUCAAUAUUGAUUAUCCUACAAGGUGAUAUUACAAGAACAAAAGUCGAUGCUAUUGUCAAUGCUGCUAAUGAACAUAUGACAGGUGGUGGAGGUGUUGAUGGAAUUAUUCAUCGAGCUGCUGGACCUGAACUUUAUACAGCAUGUGUAGCUCAUAAAAAAAUCACUCAAGGUGUUCGUUUACCAACUGGUCAUUCUCGUAUUUUACUUAGCUAUAAUAUGUCAUCAACAACUCAUUAUAUUAUUAAUACUGCUGGUCCUGUAUACGAUCGAUACAGAAAAGAAGAAUGUGCCAAAGAAUUGUUUUCAUGUUACCAAACAUCACUUGCUUUAGCAAAUUUGUAUGAUCUUGAAUCAAUUGGUUUUACUGCUAUUAGUUGUGGUAUAUUUGGCUAUCCAGCAAAUCAGGGUGCUGAUGUUGCACUUCGAACAGUUGAUCAAGAAGCUGGUAUAGUACCUGUAGUUGUAUUUGUCCUCUGGGACGAUGAUAUUUAUGAUGCAUGGGUACGAAAAGCUGAAGAAUUAGAAUUCACUUCUUUUGAUAUUGAAAACAUAAAAACAAAAAAUCCAUUAACAUCAUCGAAUGAUAAUGAUCAAAUUGAAACUAAGAAAAAUCUAAAUAAAAAUGAUGAUCAACCACGAUCACCAACAACAUUCAAUCCACCUGUCAGAGAUUUUUCAACACAUGAUAAAACACCAGAAGAUAAUACUAAAUCUUUACUCGACAGACUACCGUCUGUUCCUAGUGAUACAUCUGAUACUCAAAAAACUGCAGACAUGGAAGAAGAUGACAAUUCAUCAAAUGAAAAGCAUCCAUUACACAAUCAACAAACUCAAGAUAUGACAAGUGUUACUCAAGAAGAAGAAAAAUCAACAACAAAGGAUCAUUCUGAACAAAAAUCAGUUGAAGAAACAAUGGACCAACAUCACAAUAAACAAAUAAAAACAAAUGAUGAUCCUAGUCAGCUACCAGUUUCGAAGAAGACCAACAAUUCUCAUGCUGAAGUAGCAAAAAAUGAAACAGCUAAAGACAACUAA